AUGCUCAAUGGUGAUAUAUUACAUAUGGAAGAUAAUGAUCUUCGAGAAGCUUUCAUUCUAUUCGAUGUAAAUCGUGAUGGUCGAAUCACUGAAACGGAAUUAGAAUCUGUGCUUAGUUUUCUUGGAGUGAAAACAACACGAGAUGAAGUACGUCGAAUGAUUCAAGAUGCUGAUUGUGAUGGCAAUGGUACAGUGGAAUUCGAUGAAUUUUUAAGAAUGAUGCGUAGAUAUUCCCAAAAUCAACGAUCCAAAUCUCCGGAUGAUGAACUUCGUGAAGCGUUUAACGUAUUUGAUCAAAAUGGUGAUUCAGUCAUUGAUUUCGGUGAAAUCAAACGAACAAUGCAUUUUUUAGGUGAAGCAGUAACUGACGAUGAAGUACGUGAAAUGAUUAAAGAAGCCGAUUUAGAUAAAGAUGGAUUAGUUGAUUUUGAAGAAUUCAAAAUGAUGAUGAAACUGCUACGGUCACGUGAUGGCAAAAAGAAGAAAUCGAAAUAA